UUUUCACAUAGAAAAUGUUGAAGUUGUCAGAAAAUAAACAUUAGAGAAAAACAGUGAAGGGUCUUGAAAAACUCUGGACGAAAAUGACCAGACACGCCAGGAAUUGCACAGCAGGAGCCGUCUACACCUAUCACGAAAAGAGGAAGGACGCCCAAACGUCUGGAUAUGGAACAAACAGUCAGCGACUUGGGAAGGACUCAGUGAAGAACUUCGAUUGCUGUUCUCUCUCCUUGCAGCCUUGUGCAAAUCCCGUAAUCACAAAAGACGGCCACUUGUUCGACAAAGAGGCCAUCCUACAGUACAUGGUCACGAAGAAGGUCGAGUACUGCCGGAAGCUGAAGGAGUACAAGAAGCAGCGCAAGGAUGAGGACGCAGAGAAGGAAGAGAGUGCAGCUUCUGAGCAACGUAAACUCCUUGAAAAGUUCAUCAAGACAGAGACGAAGAUUGUUAGCGAUUCAGUGCUGGAGGGCCCAUCGACGAGCAGCGGUUCCAGAGGAUCUUCCUCAAUCUCCAACAUGGUCAAUGGGAGGGACAAGCAAUUGCCCAGCUUCUGGCUACCUUCACAAGCUCCCACGGCCAAGGCGUUAAAGGUGGCAAAGCCAGACAAGACGAUCUAUUGUCCAGUUUCCGGGCAACCGUUGAAGGCUACGGACUUGAUUGAAGUGAAGUUCACUUUGGUGCAGGAUCCUGACGACAAGAAGUCUCUGAUCGCCAAGGAGAGUCGCUACAUGUGUCCAGUGACUCACGACAUUCUAAGCAACUCAGUUCCGUGUGCAGUUCUUCGUCCGACUGGAGACGUGGUCACGAUGGAGUGCGUGGAGAAGUUCAUCAAGAAGGACAUGAUUCACCCGCUGACAAAUGAGAAACUCACCGAACAGGACAUCAUUCCUCUCCAGCGAGGCGGAACCGGCUAUGCCCAGACAAAUGACAAUCUUGAGGGAAAGGAAAAACGCCCAGCGCUCCAGGCUUAAGACACACUUGAAUUAAAAUCCCUGCACUGCAACGCUCAAA